GCUCCGUGACGUGAUGGUGGCCGGCUACCCGGUGCUGCUGCUGAGGAACAAGCUGGAGUUCAGCGCCCUGGGCAGCAAGUGCCCCCACUACGGUGCCCCGCUCAGCAAAGGAGUCUUGAGAGGGCAGAGGCUGCGCUGCCCCUGGCACGGCGCCUGCUUUAACAUCAAAAACGGGGACAUUGAGGAAUACCCUUCCCUGGACUGUCUUCCCUGCUUUAAGGUAACAGUGGAAGAAGGAAAGGUGUUUGUUACUGCAAAAAAGAAGGAUCUUGAAAGCAGCGUGAGGGUGAAGCACACAAGCAAGCGAUGCCGCCUUAACCGGAACACGAUGCUGCUUCUGGGGGGAGGUGUGGCUGCCCUGGUGUGUGCUGAGACACUUCGCCAAGAGGGUUUUACUGGCAGGAUCAUCAUGGCCACCAAAGAGAAUCAUGUUCCAUUUGACAAGUCCAAACUGAGCAAGGAAAUGGACUUGAAACCAGAGGACAUCUACCUGAGGAAACCCGAAUUCCUUGCUGCUCAAGACAUAGAGCUCUGGACAGAGAAAGAGGCAGUGACAGUGGAUUUCCAGAAGCAGAAGGUUCACUUCAUGGAUGGGUCCUUCCAGAAGUACAAUCAGUUGCUCAUUGCAACAGGCAGCCACUCCAGCCCCAUCAAAGUCCCAGGUGCAGACCUGCAAAAUGUGUGCGUUCUCCAAACUCCAGAAGACUCUAACAAGAUCUUAGAGCUGGCAACUGGGAAGACUCUGGUGAUCAUAGGAGCGUCAUUCGUAGGAAUGGAGAUCGCUGCCUUCCUGUCAGACAAGGCGGGUGCCAUCUCUGUGGUGGAGAAGAAGGAGUUCCCUUUCCAGAGCGCACUGGGUCCUCAGGUCGGAGGUGUCGCCAUGAAGAUGCUGCAAAAUGAAGGGGUGAAGUUUUACAUGAAAACAGAACUCUGCGAGCUGAAAGGAGAGGAUGGGAAGGUCACAGAGGCUGUUCUUGCCAGUGGAGAGAGACUACCUGCAGAUGUGGUAGUGGUGGGGAUAGGGGCAGUCCCCAACUCAGCAUUUCUGAAGGACACCUCCAUCGCCAGAGACAACAGCGGUGCCAUCCUGGUGGAUUUGUGCAUGAAAACCAACAUGCCAAAUGUCUUUGCUGCGGGGGAUGUGGCCUCCUUUCCCGUAGCGCUGCUCAAUGGGGACCGGUCCAGCAUCCAUCACCAACAGGUGGCUGAGGCCCACGGUCACAUUGCUGCCUUAAACAUGCUGAAGAAAGGCGAGGAGUUGCACACUGUUCCCUUCUUCUGGACCACGAUGUUUGGGAAAAGCAUUCGCUACGCAGGCUGCGGGAAGGGAUACACGGACACCGUUGUGAAAGGCAGCCUGGAGCAAGAGAAAUUCCUGAUCUUUUACAUCAGGGACGGCUUCGUGACUGCAGCUGCCAGCCUGAACUGCGACCCCAUGGUGUCCCUGAUUGCAGAAGUUUUAUACUCGGGGAAGCGAAUCUCUAAAGAAGAAGCAGAGGCCUGGGACAUUGGCAAUAUACCCGCGCUGGCAGAAACCUAA